UUGCAUUACGCAGCGCCACCCCCCGAACUCUGAUACGGCUAGCCGUCUCUGUCGCUCGUACGGCGCGCGCCGACCCUGCAGCGGUGGUCUCGCUCUCGCGAGGGGCGUGCGGGGAGGGCGCUGCAGGCGGGCCGUAGUCGUAAAUCACGCGGCGUCUCAUUCCACGCGGGACCGCCGUCGCUGCCGCAGGCUCCGCGCACUUCCCGCCCGACUGUCCGACAGCCGACAUCGCGCCGCGUCUCGUGUUUACAUCAAACAUUUUUUGGGAAGUCUUUGCUGUUGUUUAAAGCCAGUGUUAGUUUGUGUUGUUGAUGGAUGGCGGAGUUGUCUCGUUCGAUGAGCGAGCUAAACUGAAAAGAUUACGUCCAGAAUGAUCGUGGAGCCCGACCACGUGAGGGAGAGCCCGAGAUGUCUGUCACGGGAGUCGUCGGGCGCGCCGCGUUGUCCCUCCAACGACUCUGUGUACUCGGGACGCAGCGCGGCACUAUCUCUACCAGCGGCGCUGACGGCCGCGCUGCCAGCCGCCCUGCUGCCGCCGCACUCCGCUGCUGUCGCCGCGUACCUCGGAGCCGCUGCUGCUGCGGCGCAGCAACGUCUGCUCAUGUCCUGUCAGGAGGACCUCGCCGACGAACGUACUGACGCACUCGACUUCAGCACUAAACGUGGCGAUUCGCCACACGACGACGACGACCCUGACGAUGCCGUCAAUCUCAGUAAAAACGAGAAUGGUCCUCUUGAUUUGUCGGUCGGGACGAGAAAGAGAGGGCCGGAGGACUCACCGUCCCCGGUGCCGAGUAGGAAAAGCUCUAGGACGGCGGAGUUUAAACCGACGCCGUCCCCGUGGUCGACGCCUGUGGCGCCGCAUCUGCCCUACUUCGCAGCUGCUGUCGCAGCCAGCUUGUCUCCGAAGGGCGGCGUCCCCGCCGACUGGAACGGUAAACUUAAGCAUGGUGCGCCGACGCCCAGCGAUGCUACUAAAGCCUUAGAAAAAAUGAGCGAGCUCAGUAGGUUAGGUGGAGAGGAGUUGUUCCGUUCAGUGCAGUCGGCUGCGCUGGGCGCAGGGCUAGCUCCUAACGCAGCUGCGCGCCACUCUGCCUGGCAAUCACAUUGGCUUAACAAAGGCGCCGACCAAACGAAAGAAGUGCUUAAAUGCGUCUGGUGUAAGAAGAGUUUUAAUUCUAUAGCUGAUCUGACUGUUCACAUGAAAGAAGCAAAGCAUUGCGGCGUUAACGUUCCGGUGCCGCCGCCAGGAGGGGCUCCUAUCCCCCCUUCAUUACAACCUCCCACUAGUUCCCCAUCCGCACCUUCGCACAACUCGUCUUCCUCCAGCGGUUCAUCCAAACCAAAUCAGAACGAUUUGAACAUGUUGAUAAAGGAAAACAUGCCUAUACCUAGAAAGUUAGUAAGAGGCCAGGACGUGUGGUUAGGCAAAGGCGCGGAACAGACUAGGCAAAUAUUAAAAUGUAUGUGGUGCGCGGAGAGUUUCCGAUCGCUAGCGGAGAUGACCAGCCACAUGCAGCGCACGCAGCACUACACCAAUAUAAUAUCUCAGGAACAGAUAAUCUCGUGGAAGUCUUCAGAGGAAGGAAAAAGUUCCAACGCAAGCGCACCGGGCGCUAACAACCCGGCGCCGCCUAACACCGGCACCAGUAGCCAUGUUAGCGCCGUGCUUACUUGCAAGGUUUGUGACCAAGCAUUUAGUUCCUUGAAAGAAUUGAGCAAUCAUAUGGUUAAGAAUUCUCACUACAAAGAGCACAUUAUGCGCUCGAUUACUGAAAGUGGAGGCAGGAGACGUCAGACACGCGAGAAACGAAAGAAGUCACUGCCGGUCAGAAAGCUUCUGGAAAUAGAGCGAGCACAACAUGAAUUUAAGAACGGGGAGGGUAAUGGUGUGCCAAUGAGCAAGCCCAUCAGAGACUUUGGCGCUGGCAGUCGGAUAACCUGCGAGAAAUGUGGCGAUAAAAUAGAGACUGCCGUAUUUGUCGAGCACAUCCGACAGUGCAUCGGGGCGCCCAUGUCCAACAGUCAGAGAAACUUCCUGAAAAGUGCAUUGCUUUCCAACAAUAUUAUUCCCCCUGAUGUGCCUGGCCACGUUACCCCUACUAGCCGUGACGGUCGUAAGAGCAUCAACGAAGAGCUUCCCUCCCCGGGCUCCGCUCAUCACCGCUCCCCCUCCUCCGUGAACGAUUCUUCCCCGAGUUCCAAAGAUCCCAACGCGAGUAACGACAAAAGCUCGUCGCCUUCGGUUCUCAACGCCAUAGAACAAUUGAUAGAAAAAAGUUUCGAUACUCGGUCGCGACAUUCGGUGCCGGGCAUGCCGGGGGGCGCCUCUCACGCCCCAAUUGGCUCUAGUAUUCUCAAGAGAUUAGGCAUAGAUGAGAGCGUAGACUACACUAAACCGCUGGUAGACCCGCAAACCAUGAGCAUGUUGAGGAACUACCAUCAUCAGCAGGGAUACGGGCGCCGCGAGCGCAGCGGCAGUGAAUCUAGCUCCAUGUCCGAGCGGGGUGGCAGCAGAGUUGAAUCUCUCACUCCCGACAGAAAGCUGGACGCGUAUCACAUGACUCCGCGCACCACGCCGGAUACGCGUGGCUCUCAAACUCCCGCAUCCGAAGACCGUCCCGAGGUCCGGAUAAAGAGAGAAGUUGAAGAGGAAGACCAGCGCGAAAACGGUGUGGACUUGAGCAACCAACCUGUGCGUGUCAAGACUGAGGUAGAUGAUGAAGAGGAACCGCCUCGUCCUAGCAGCACUGCUGACGAAGACAUAAAACCAGUGAUGCCCAAGCGUGAAAGUGAGGGCCCCAGUCCAGCCGCUAGUCCCCGGAGCCCUGGUAGUGAUCGCUCAGGAAACACUCCAGGCGCAGAGAGGAAGCCAGCUUCUAGCUUGGGUGCAUUGUCUUCUAUGUUUGAUAGCCUAGCCGGAGGUGGGUCUUCUAGUGAACCGAGCUCAUCCCGCCGAGGUGGCAGCCACCCACUGGCUGCGCUGCAGAAGCUGUGCGACAAGACGGAGACUACUCCGUCCCGAGCGCCCGCGCCGGCACAGUCGCCAGCCGGACCGCCCAGCAUCCUAACCUUCAGCUGGGCGUGCAACGACGCCGUGGUCACUGACUCUGUCAUGAAAUGUGCGCUCUGCGACACGCCUUUUAUAUCAAAGGGCGCGUAUCGGCAUCACUUAUCCAAGAUGCACUUCGUGAAGGACGGCGCCUUGCCGGAGCCAGUGCCUCUGAAGGCCGCCUCGGGGUCGGUUGGCGCGGCUUCCCCGGGCGCUCACAAAGCUGCCUCGGCCGCUCCUUCGCCCCAGGACCCGCGCAGUCCCUCGCAGCCGUUCGACGAGAGCCCACACUCCAAGUUCCUCAAGUACACGGAACUGGCCAAGCAGCUCUCCAGCAAGUACGUGUAAGGGUCCUCGCGGCCGGCACUUGUGAUCAUACCAUAUCCUGCUACGUUAAACCUUGCUAGGGUUAGGUCGCCGCGGCGACGCUAAGUAUUUUGAAACUCUUUGCCAAUUUUAUUAUUUAGGUAAUCGUACGAUUAGUGAACACCGCAUAGUUCGGAUAGAGUAAUUGAUGAGUAGCUAUUUAAGUAUACGCCAAACGUUUUACGUUCAUUGUAGGGUUAAGUGAAUAUUUUGUGAAACAUUGCCUAUAGGUGAUCGGCGGCGGGCGGCGGAGUCGCCCGGGCCCCUGGCCUGUGGGUCGCUCGGGGCUCUGGGCCCCGGAGGCUCGGGCGCUCCUCCCCGCCGCUCUCCUCUUCCACACUACCUUGUAAUUCCAUUUCGAUAUUUGUAAAUAUAACAAAACACGUUAAGUCCUGAAAUUGCGAUUCGAUCUCUUUGUAAAAUGUAUAUAUUAUUAUUUUGCUAAUGAUUCUACAAGACGUUUGAAAAUCAAUUAAAACGUAAUGUUCGAUUGGUCGUGGAGUGUUCGCGCGGCUGCGCCCGAGUCGCCUCAGUAUUUGCGUUUCGACUAAAUCGUUGCAAUAUCCAACACUUUCGCGUUACUUAAUUAUUAUUUUUAUGUAAAUCUGAAUUAGUGUGUAAUGUGGUGUUUUAGUUUAUGUAUAUUUUGAAGGUACUGUCUAUUGUAUUUGUUCAGAGAUCCGUCGAUGCCUAUAAUCUCGGAGAUCCAAUCUCGUACGUUUCGGCUCUCGUUGUACAUACGACUAUGACAUAGGAUGCAAUAUUAUAAAUCUCCUUAGUGUAAAUUUCGCUGUAGAUCGCUACAGGCGUGGACGAUGCUAUUUAUUAUUUAGUGUUAAGUACAUAAUUUUAGGCGACUACGUCUGUGAACCUAUGUAUACCAUUGUAACAGCGCAUUAAUCGGUUGUACAACCAACCUUAUAUUUAAAAAAAAGUGAUAAUAUGUUAUACAGUCUCUUUUUCUUUGAAAAUGAACGACUUAAUGAAGUAUACGUUUAAUAUACUGAAAUAUCUUCCAAUUUGUAACAACAGAUAUACGAUGAUGUAUAUACGGUACUUGCGAGUGAAAAACUCUUUUAUAUUUAAUGAUAAUGAAAAAUAAUAAUAAUAACAUAAACUGUCUCUAAAGUAAGUUUCAAAUAUCAUGAAACUCGUGAAAUGAUUGUGAACUCAAUAUUUGUAACAUCAUUUUUAGUAACCUUUCACGAUGUAUUUUAAUAAAACGCUGAAUUUUGAAAUUCGAAUAUUCAUUUUGUUAUUUUGAAAAAUGUUUAGUUAAUAUUCUCAAAUAUUUAUUUUAAAAUGAUGUUACGAAUAUUAAUUUAAGAAAUAAAAUGAACAACAAAAAUUUUAAAUGAUGAAAAAUAUCAUUUUAACGAAUGAAUGUU